AUGUGCUCUCUCGGUCUUGCUCAGCGAAGAAAGCAUCGUAGACAACCGAGAAUCCGUUGGAGAAUGCUCAAUUUUUCAAUCUGCGUUUCGACAACCCCGCACUACUUAAACCUGAGCAUAUUGGGUACUCUCCAAACACGCAAUGUAGCAAUCAUAGGCCUGGUUAGCUCAAUUUCCACACUCCAAUACUUGUUUGUGUCUUGGCAUAUUGUCCCGGUAUCGGGGGAAGCUGUCACAGAGUAUGGUGGGUCGAUGAUUGUUAGGCCAAUAAAAAUGUCGUAUAAGCGCGCGGUUAAAAUGAUAUCUCGUCUGUGGCGACAAUCUCGGGAGCUCAAUGAAAAGUCGGAAUCGCCUGAAACGGGUAAUUGGGUUACCGCAUUAAAUCUUCUAAAACCAACUGAGACUACCCCAUCUAUCAGAUCCUUCCAUUGA